GACACGUGGAACCUUCCUGUGAGAUCGGUAUAAGUAAUUUUGCAUUUGAUUACAUCAGUUAAAAUAACAUUUUUGCGUAAGCUAAAAUCAUAUACCUAAAGUGCAGCAGCAUGGACACCUCACUUUCUGCUGCCAAAAUCCGUCAGAUGUACAUGGACUUCUUCAUUGAGAAGAAAAGUCACAUUUAUGUCCACUCAUCAUCAACUAUCCCAAAAGAUGACCCCACUCUGCUGUUUGCAAAUGCGGGUAUGAAUCAGUUCAAGCCACUCUUCCUUGGAACUGUUGACCCCAACAGUGAUAUGUCUAAAUGGAUUCGAGUAGUUAAUACACAAAAGUGUAUUCGUGCUGGUGGAAAGCAUAAUGAUUUGGAUGAUGUUGGAAAAGAUGUGUACCAUCACACCUUCUUUGAAAUGUUGGGAAAUUGGUCAUUUGGCGAUUACUUCAAGAAAGAAGUUUGUACAUGGGCCUGGGAACUACUAACUGAUGUAUUUCAACUGCCAAAGGAUCGUCUUUAUGUAACCUAUUUUGGUGGCAAUGAGAAUGCAGGACUUCAGCCGGAUGAAGAAUGUAGGCAAAUAUGGUUAUCUCUCGGACUGCCAGCUGAACGCAUUUUGCCUGGAUCAAUGAAAGAUAAUUUCUGGGAAAUGGGUGAUGUGGGUCCUUGUGGACCUUGUUCAGAAAUCCAUUUUGACAGAAUUGGAGGAAGAGAUGCUGCCCAUCUGGUGAACAUGGAUGACCCAGAUGUAUUGGAAAUCUGGAAUCUCGUGUUUAUGACCUUUAAUCGAGAAACCGAUUCUUCUCUCAAGCCAUUGCCAAGGAAGCAUAUUGAUUGCGGGAUGGGAUUUGAACGUUUGGUUUCUGUUAUUCAAGAUAAACGAAGUAAUUACGAUACUGACAUUUUUCAGCCGAUUUUUGAAGCCAUCCAAAAGGGAACCAACGCUCCAGCGUAUCAGGGUAAAGUUGGAGCAGAAGACGUGAAUGGUGUUGACAUGGCUUAUCGUGUGUUGGCAGAUCAUGCGCGUACGCUUACGAUUGCUCUUUCCGACGGUGGGCGACCUGAUAAUGUUGGCAGAGGGUAUGUACUUCGUCGAGUACUUCGUCGUGGAGUUCGUUACGCGACCGAGAAACUAAAUGCCAAACCAGGAUUCUUUGCGAGCCUGGUUCCAACAGUUUGUCAAGUUCUGGGCUCAACAUUCCCUGAGGUCAACAGGGAUCCUCAACUGGUAAUUGAUAUCAUCAACGAUGAAGAAACUCAGUUUUUGAAGACCCUCACUCGAGGUCGAGAUUUACUAGAACGAACAAUCUCAAAACUCAAUGGUCAAACCACUCUUCCUGGUGACGUUGCUUGGCGAUUGUACGAUACAUACGGGUUUCCUGUCGAUUUAACUCAGCUUAUGAGUGAAGAAAAGGGUCUGUCAAUCGAUAUGGUAGCUUAUGAAGAAGCUAAGAAACAAGCACAGCUGCUUUCUCAAGGUAAAGGUUCGGGUGUCGAUGACACAAUCGCCUUUGACGUACAUGCCAUCACAGAACUGCAAAACAAAGGAGUUCCUCCCACUGAUGAUUCGUUUAAGUACAACUAUAAAAGCGUGUCUGAUGCCGUCGACAGUCCAUACGAAUUUGAUGUGUGCACCAGCAAGGUUAUCGCAAUUCGAUUCCAGAAAGCUUUCCAUGAAGAAGUUUCCAGUGGUGUAGAAUGCGGAAUUCUUUUGGAUCGAACUUCUUUCUAUGCAGAGAGCGGAGGCCAAGCAUACGAUGAAGGUUUCAUUACCAAAAUCGGCGAUGAGGGAACCGAGUUCACUGUAAAAAAUGUGCAAGUCCGUGGUGGAUAUGUUAUCCAUUUAGGCAACGUGGAAGGUACCUUGCGAGUUGGCGACGAGGUCAAACUCAGCAUUGAUCAAUCCAGAAGAAGAUUGAUUAUGAGCAAUCACACUGGAACUCACGUUCUCAAUUACGCAUUGAGACAAGUUGUCGGCAAUGAAGCCGAUCAACGAGGAUCUCUUGUGGCUCCCGAUCGAAUGCGUUUCGAUUUUACCAAUAAGGCUGCGAUGACCGUAGAUCAAGUAAAGCAGACAGAGCGGAUUGCUAAUGAAAUGAUCCGCAAAAACCAGGAAGUGUACGCCAAAGAAUCGUCUUUGGUGGUAGCUAAAGCUGUUCAAGGACUUCGUGCAGUAUUUGAAGAAACAUAUCCCGACCCGGUUCGCGUCGUUUCCAUAGGUAUCCCUGUUGAACAGCUGGAAGCUGAUCCAGCAAACCCAGCCGGCAAUUCUACUUCCAUCGAGUUCUGUGGUGGAACACACGUGAAACGAUCUGGCCAUAUUGGAGACUUUGUUAUCUCUGCAGAAGAGGCUAUCGCUAAAGGCAUUCGCCGUAUUGUUGCUAUUACUGGGCCUGAAGCAUCAAAGGCAUUGAAGAAAGCGGAUCUUCUGCAGAAGGAAGUCGAUGCUGUGUCCGCGAAGGUGGACGCCUUUGUCAGCCAGAAUGACAAAACUCUUUCUGUGAAAGAGCUGUCUCGCAUCAUUGUCGAUCUUUCAGACGACGUUUCUCAAGCUAACAUCGCAUACUGGAAGAAGGACGACUUGCGUAGCAUUUUGAAGGGUCUAAAGAAGCGAGCGGACGACGUGGAGCGUGCGAUUAAAGCUGCUGUCGUGAAUGACGUUGCCGAGGCUGCCAAGAAAUUGGUCGCAGAACAAGUCAACACUCCCUUUAUCGUCCAUGAAUUCAAUGCCUUCUCAAACAGCAAGGCCCUUGACGGUGCUUUGAAGCAAGUAAAAUCCUUAUCGCCGGAAACUGCUGCCAUUUUCUUCAGUGUAGACGCUGAAGCAAAUAAAAUUGUUGUACUUGCUGCUGCACCCAAGGGUGCGAAUGAUCGUGGUCUCAAGGCUAACGAAUGGGUCGCCGACGUCAGCGCGCUGCUUGAUGGUAAAGGUGGUGGAAGUGCAGGUUCAGCCCAAGCAACUGGUAACAAUCCCGCUGGUUUAGCCGAAGCUAUGAAAAAAGCAAAGGCGUUUGCCCAGUCGAAGCUUGGACUAGAUGCUGAGAUUUCGGCUUCUACAACCAAACUGGGGACUGAACGUGUGGACGGGCCAACGUUGUUUUCGAAAUCUGGAAAUAUUCGUACGAAUAUCGCCUUGAUUACCGCCAAAUACGCUAACAUCAAACUGAAUGUCUCGACCGAUCUACCGUCAUCAACUUUCAUCACAAAUAAGUUACCUGCGCUGUCUGCUGGAGAUGUCACCAUCUCGGGAAUAUCCUCGAUCGCCCUAUUUCUGGCACCUAAGCCUUUGAAGGGAAAAGACUCGCUUGAAGAAGCACAAAUUCUACAAUGGAUUAACCUUGCCGAACAUGAAAUUCUGCCCGCCGUCUUGGCUUUGACAGACAACUCUGCUGCUGCUAAGCCGUCGCAAAAUCGUGCUCGACAAGAAAUUCUUCACUACUUGGACGUUUUGAACAAAGUUCUGCUGACCCGCACUUACCUUGUCGGAGAAACUGUAACUCUGGCUGAUGUAUCCGUUGUCUGCACACUGGUUCCGGUUUUCGAUCGUGUGAUGGACGCCGCCACCCGUUCGAAAUCAUCUAACGUCUUGCGCUGGUACAAUACCAUCACACCGCAGCCAAACGUCAAACAUGUUCUCGGUGAGACAAAGUAAUGGGAAUAACGAGUUGUUGGAACAAAGUAUGCUAAUCUCCAAAACCAGUUCGUAACUCAAAUCCAUCGUUAAUUCUUAACCAGCAUUGCUCUUUUUUUUUAAAUCUCAUCUUGUUAUUUAGAGAUGAAGUGAUAUAUUUUCUUCUUAUCGGUGAUCAGAUACUAUAUCACUUGAGAAUGUUGAUUCGUUCUCCCAACACUAAUUAAGAAUUAUGAUGAUAGUUUUUCUUAAUUUUGUUUUGCCACACGUGUAGUUGGAGAUUGAGAUUGAAUAAAAAAGAAUGGGUCAUCGUA